UCCCCAUGCACAGGUGCCCCCGAGCCCCCUCGUCAGUGCCAACGGCCCUGGCGAGGAAAAACUGUUCCGCAGCCAGAGCGCUGAUGCCCCCGGCCCCACAGAGCGGGAGCGGCUGAAGAAGAUGCUGUCUGAGGGCUCCGUAGGCGAGGUACAGUGGGAGGCCGAGUUUUUCGCGCUGCAGGACAGCAACAACAAGUUGGCAGGCGCCCUGCGAGAGGCCAACGCCGCCGCAGCCCAGUGGAGGCAGCAGCUGGAGGCUCAGCGUGCAGAGGCCGAGCGGCUACGGCAGCGGGUGGCUGAGCUGGAGGCCCAGGCAGCUUCAGAGGUGACCCCGGCCAGCGAGAAGGAGGGGCCGGGCCAGGGCCAGUCACUGGAGCAGCUGGAAGCUCUGGUGCAAACCAAGGACCAGGAGAUUCAGACCCUGAAGAGUCAGACUGGGGGGCCCCGUGAGGCCCCGGAGGCUGCCGAGCGUGAGGAGACUCAGCAGAAGGUGCAGGUGUGUGUGGGCAGCAGGAGGUGGGGUGACGGUGGGUGACAGUCACCUCAACAGUCAGGACGAUAUCUACCUAAGACGAUA